AUGGCGAGAAACGAUAACAGCCACGGCGAACGGAAGCCCACAUUCCAGCCUACCAUUCUUCCAGAUCACCAGCCUCCAUUUUGUCUCCCGGUCCCCGGAGCCCGGCCGACUCCAGGAGAGACGCCCCCUUUCCGCAAUGCACGAGCUCUCCAAGAUUUGCGAUGCAUUCCCGAGAACGGCAUCAACACAGUCAUAGACCUCGUCAGGAGGGCGUCACGCAAGUUCGGACCGCUCCCGGCAGUGGGAGUACGAGGGAGGAUUCAGACUCACGUCGGACCCGGUCCAGGUCAGUCUGGUGGCGGCACAAAACAAACGUGCCUUCCAGAACUGUCGGGAUACGAGUAUACAUCCUAUCGCGACUAUGACAAGCGUGUCACCGACAUCGGUGCCGGUCUGGUCAAGCUGGGUCUCCGUCCACGCGGGGACAAAAUCUGUAUCUGGGCACAGACGAGCGUACACUGGCUAGCUCUGUUUCACGGGGCUGCGUCUCAGUCAAUUGCGACGGUGACGGCCUACAGUAGCCUAGGAUUGUCCGGGCUUCAGCAUGCUCUGGUUGCCACCAAGACAGCCGCCCUCUUCGUCGAUGAAGACUCCGUGUCUCGACUGGGAGACGUACUUCGGACCACCGUGGAUGUGCGUGUGGUCGUGUACAGUGGCGACCCGGAUUCCUGUUCAGCUGAAAUCGGAAGGUUAAGGACAACUGCGGCACACAUUGUCUUUGUCCAUCUGGACGAGGUAUCCUCCAUUGGCCGCCAAAGCCCGUGUGCGGCUCAACUGCCCAAUGCCGAGGAUCUCUGUGCCAUCUUCUUCACUUCUGGGUCCACGGGAGAUCCAAAGGGGGUGCCCAUCAAGCACAAAAAUGUCGUUGCAGCAGUGGCUGGCUUCGACAUCGUCCUUGGCCGCCAUUUCGACAACACCGACCGGUAUUUGGCAUACCUGCCCCUGGCCCACGUACUGGAAUUUGCGUUUGAGCACUGCUGCUUGUUCUGGGGGGUCUGCUUGGGUUACGGGAGCCCGCGGACUUUAUUUGACUCUGCUGUGUACGCAUGCAAGGGCGACCUUCGAGAGCUACGCCCCACGUAUAUGAUCGGCGUGCCAGCGAUCUGGGAGACUGCCCGCAAGGCAAUUCUUGCCCUGGUUCGAACAUUCAGCCCCGGCAAGCAAGCAAUUUUCUGGGAAACCCUGGAAGCAAAGAAAGCUGCCAUCGGCAGCGGCGCCACCUUCUCACGUCAACAAGAUGACACUGUUUUCUUCCAAGCUCGGGAACCGCUUGGCGGCAGCCUUCGGUUCAUGCUCACUGGAGGUGGCCCGAUCGCUGAGCCGACUCAGGAAUUUCUUUCUUUCGUCGUAGCACCCUUGAUAAACGGUUUUGGCUUGACCGAGACCAUGGCUGUUGGAGGGAUCAUGGAUCCAUGCCAGUGGCAUACGGGCUCUCUCGGCAGCAUACCGGGUUGCGUAGAGAUCAAACUCGUCGACCACGAAGAAGCCGGCUACACCACCGCCACUGAGCCACCCGAAGGAGAGAUAUGGAUCCGAGGAGCGAGCGUGGCCGAGGGCUACUGGCAGAACGAAGAGGAGACGGAGAAAUCAUUCACACGCGACGGCUGGUUCAAGACCGGCGACAUCGGCCGCAUUGACGAUCGCGGGGCGAUUUCCAUCAUUGACAGGAAGAAGAACCUCGUCAAGACCCUCAAGGGAGAAUAUAUCGCCGUCGAAAAGGCAAGUGCGCGGCAGCCUUUCCUCCGACUCGAGUCCAUCUACCGAGCCAGUCCGGUGGUCUCCAACAUCUGCAUUUCCGCCGACAGCACCAGGGCCAAACCCAUUGCCAUCAUCAUUCCCGUGCAGAGCGUCUUGCAAAAUCUAGCGGCUUCUCCUCUUGACAUGACCGAUCCAGCCCGUGUUGCAGAGACCCAGCAGCUUGUCUUGCUUCGGCUGCUAGAGCAUGCGCAUCAGCACAAUCUGCCCAGCAUCGAGACGAUAGAAGCCGUGGUGAUAUCGCCACUCCAUGAAUGGACACCUAUGAAUGUGAGUGACCUCAGACGCGGGCAAAGGAACACAGUCGGUGUGCUGACAUGA